GAAUUCGAACGAGAAGGCACUCGAUCCACAGCGUCGAUACCAGAUACUCCAAGUCGAUACCGAGACCAACUCUCUUCGCCAAGAUGUUCAAGUUCGUCGUCCUCGCCGCCCUCGUGGCCGUCGCUUCGGCCGCACCUGGAGGCCUUCUGGCCGCCCCCGUCGUCGCCGCCCCCUACGCCGUGGCCCACUCGGUCCCGGUCGCCACAAGCUACGCCAACACCUACAAGGUGUCCGUCAAGAGCCCGAUCGUCGCCGCCGCCCCAGCCCCCCUUGCCUAUUCUCACGCCGUCGCCGCCGCCCCCCUCGCCUACGCUCACGCUCCGGUCGCAGCCUAUGCCGCCCCCGCCUACGUCCACUCUGCCCCCCUGGCCUACGCCGGGUACGGAGCGGCCUACAUCCACUGAAGACCUGGACGAAAGUGAGAUCGUCGUUUCUCCGAGUGAGAAGACCGAUCGGCGAUGUAGCCAAAUCAUCUGAUGAUCAAUAAACACAUUUUUACAAAAUCAA